AUGCUGACCAGCUCGCAAGUGAAGCCACCGGUGUACGUAGCAUUCGUGCUGGUGCUACUGGUCGCCACCGUACUGCAGCUGUGCCAGGCGGAAGCGCCCGAGUUUGAGACCGGUGGACGCGUUAGCAAGCGUGGCCCAACCGUCGGCUUGUUUGCGUUUCCACGUGUCGGCCGCAGCGAUCCGGAGCUGGGACUCGACUGGGAAGCGUCCGCCAUGCUGCCGAUGGAGACGGGCGAUGAUUACGCAGAAGACUACCCGGUGAAGGAGAUGAAGCGUCAAGGGUUGGUGCCGUUUCCACGUGUGGGGCGCUCCGGCAAGUCGGAGCUGGCGAUGGCGGCCGCCCGUUACUGGCAGGCGGCGCGUAACCUUCAGCAGCAGCAAAGCAUCGUGAAGCGUGCCGGCGGUUCGGGUGCCAACAGUGGCAUGUGGUUCGGACCGCGGCUCGGCAAACGGGGACGCUUCGGUGCCGUCCCGGUGCCGAGCGGUAGCAGCGAGCAGCAGCUGGCGAAAGGUGAACAGCUGUAA